GGUUUCGCGUACGCGCAGUCGUCCUCUUUCCCCACGCUGGUUCCUCGUCGUCUUAGUGCCGUACGUCCUCCUGGCCUGAUCUCGUAUUUGGGCACCGUGUGCGCUGUCGCCACCGCCACGAUGGGCAAAACUUCCGCCUCUCAGGGUCCAGGAGCUCGGCCCGACCCGGUGCGGAGCUUCAAUCGUUGGAAGAAGAAACACAGCCACAAGCAGAGCCAAAAAAAACAGUUGAGGAAGCAGCUGAAGAAGCCCGAGUGGCAGGUCGAGCGCGAGGUUAUCAGCCGCCUCAUGCAGAACUUUGAGAAGAUAAAUGUAAAUGAAAUUACAAGAUUUUCAGAUUUCCCCUUGUCCAAGAAAACACUGAAAGGUUUGCAAGAAGCGCAGUACCGUUUGGUAACUGAGAUACAGAAGCAGACCAUUGGGUUGGCAUUGCGAGGUAAAGAUGUCCUUGGAGCUGCCAAAACUGGAUCUGGCAAGACUUUGGCUUUCCUUGUUCCAGUGCUGGAAGGCUUGUAUCGUCUGCAGUGGACCUCAGCAGAUGGGCUGGGGGCUCUGAUUAUAUCACCUACAAGAGAACUGGCCUAUCAGACCUUUGAGGUUCUCCGAAAAGUAGGGAAGAAUCAUGACUUUUCAGCGGGCCUCAUCAUUGGCGGAAAGGAUCUGAAACACGAAGCUGAGAGGAUCAAUAACAUAAAUAUACUUGUUUGCACACCGGGUCGGCUUCUUCAACACAUGGAUGAAACGAUAUGUUUUCAUGCUACCAAUCUCCAGAUGUUAGUUCUUGAUGAAGCAGAUAGAAUCUUGGAUAUGGGCUUUGCUGAUACCAUGAAUGCUAUUAUUGAAAACCUUCCCAAGAAACGUCAGACUUUGCUUUUCUCAGCUACACAAACCAAAUCUGUAAAGGACCUUGCACGCUUGAGUUUGAAAAACCCUGAGUAUGUUUGGGUUCAUGAAAAAGCAAAAUACAGCACCCCUGCCACUUUGGAACAGAACUACAUAGUCUGUGAGCUGCAGCAAAAAAUAAGUGUGCUGUAUUCCUUUUUGAGAAGCCACCUGAAGAAGAAAAGUAUUGUAUUUUUCUCCAGUUGUAAAGAGGUUCAGUAUCUGUACCGAGUAUUCUGCCGGCUACGUCCUGGCAUUUCUAUCCUUGCCCUGCAUGGUCGACAGCAGCAGAUGAGAAGAAUGGAAGUCUAUGACGAAUUUGUUGGCAAGAGAGCUGCAGUACUCUUUGCUACUGAUCUUGCAGCCAGGGGGCUGGAUUUCCCAGCUGUGAAUUGGGUUCUUCAGUUUGAUUGUCCAGAGGAUGCCAACACAUAUAUUCACAGAGCAGGUAGAACUGCCAGGUACAAAGAGGAUGGUGAAGCUUUAUUAAUUUUGCUUCCCUCAGAAGAAAAAGGGAUGGUGCAGCAGCUUCUUCAGAAGAAAGUGCCUGUGAAGGAAAUCAAAAUCAAUCCAGAAAAACUUACAGACAUUCAGAAAAAAUUGGAAUCGCUUUUAGCUCAAGAUCAAGAUUUAAAAGAAAGAGCUCAAAGGUGUUUUGUCUCCUACAUACGUUCAGUGUAUCUGAUGAAGGAUAAAGAAAUAUUUGAUGUGAGCAAGUUACCUAUACCUGAAUAUGCCCUGUCUCUUGGUCUUGCUGUGGCACCACGGGUAAGAUUUCUUCAGAGAAUGCAAAAACAACCCAACAAAGAACUGGUAGUGAGUCAAGAUAAUAAAGUAAUUGAGCCAAGGACUCUCUCCCUCACCAAUGAUGAAGUGGAAGAAUUUAGAGCCUACUUCAAUGAGAAAAUGGCUGUUCUCCAGAAAGGUGGGAAAAUACCAGAAGGGACAGAGUACAGACUGGCUAGUGGUAUUAGUGAUGGAGAGGAAGAAGAGAAAGAAUGUGAACAAGAAAUGGAAGAGAAACUGGGAAAAACAAAAGGGUCUCAACCUCAGUCUGUCUCUAGCAACAAAGAGCCACAGAAGAACAAAGAAGUUCCUGUGCAGUUCUUGGACGGAGAUGAUGAUGAGGAGGAGGACGGUGGCCUCAAUGCUGACUUCUUUAAGGUGAAGAGGCGCAAUGUGUUUGGGUUGGAUCUUAAAGAGAAUAAAACAUUACAGAAGAAAGAACCUUCUAAAUGCAGUGUGGAGAAAAAAGUGACCAAGGUUGCAGAAGCAAAAAAAGUAAUGAAGAGAAAUUUUAAAGUAAAUAAGAAAAUAACAUUUACUGAUGAAGGAGAGUUGGUUCAGCAGUGGCCACAAGUGCAGAAGUCUGUCUCCAAGGAUACUGAGGAAGAGGACGAUGCUGGUGGUAUCAACUUAGAUAAAGCAAAGGAAAGGCUUCAAGAAGAGGACAAAUUUGACAAAGAAGAAUAUAGGAAGAAAAUUAAGGCAAAGCAUCGGGAGAAAAGACUGAAAGAAAGGGAAGCCAGAAGAGAAGCCAGUAAGAAACAAGCAAAGGCCUUUGUCUCCACUGAGAGCUUAAUGAGUCAUGGUUUGAAAGUGCAGAUCCUGGUGGAAACCAGAGGGCCUGAAUGGGUCAGAGCUUUAAAAAAAUUGCAGGCUAAAGUUGAAGAAGAAGCCUUUCUGGAUUGGAGUGAUGAUGAUAAUGAUGGAUUUGAUCCAAGCACACUUCCAGAUCCAGAUAAGUACAGAAGCUCCGAAGAAUCAGAUAAUGAAGAUAUGGAAAACAAAAUUAGUGAUACCAAGAAGAAGCAGGCAAUGAGGAAAAAGAACAACAGUGAAGUGGAAGACGUGGGACCCACAAGUCAUGACAGAAAGAAGACCAAGUGGGAAACCUCAGAGCCUUUGGAUACAGGCCUGUCUUUAGCCGAGGAUGAAGAGCUGGUGUUACAUCUGCUCAAAAGUCAAAGCUAAAUAGUACUUGCUCUUGUCUUCUUCUUGAAACCUCUAGUCAUGAUUAUGUGGGCAAGAAGUUGAAUAAACAGUUGGCUUUGGGGCACGUAGGUAACAUGAGUCCCAUGCCCAAAGGACCCAUUCUUCAGACAGGAGCUAUCAUACCUCUAAGCGCCUUUCACAGGCCAUGCUUGCACCAUCCCAGAGCAAACUCACAGUGAUGGUGGAUUAUAAAAUUUCCUGAUCCCAUUUUCCAGCCUGUGCUCUGUUAGAUUUUAUCCAUGGGUUCCUACAUCUUAUCACUGGAAAUGCUUCCUUUGUUUUACUGGCAAGUUCUAGAGACCUUGUUUCAUUGUUGGAAAUUCCUGUUUUGCUUACCAUACAGAAGUUUCUCUGUAAUAUUAAACAAAAUUGCUCAGAGAAAGAGUAUGAUGAAUAUGAUGGACCAACCCUGAGAAAAAAAUGAAUAUUUUUUAAUAGCCUUGAUCAAUAAUAAACAUAUUUCCUAUAAAAUAAAAUAUUAAUGUUUUCAUUGUAUCCAGAAAUAUGAGAGCAUUCUCAAGGGAAGUUUCUUAAGAUUAAAAUGCUUGGCCAAUUCCUGAAACAGUGAAUCUUUCAUAUUCUUAAAUUAGCCUUCCUAAAGAUAUCAUUUAACUUACACUUGCAGACUUGGCAGCCAUUUAUAAAUAGAAAUCCUGACUCUGAAGACUUUGUGAUCUAAAACCAGAUCUGUUAGUGAGCACCUAGUAUGCUGUAGGUCUUCUACAAGUGCCUUUUGCAGCAGGUACCACAGAUCCCUGCCCAGAGCCAGCUCCUGAUAAUGAGUAGAAUAACACAGAGCCUCUUUUGGUUAUAAGUAACUGGCAUAUUCUUCACAGGGAAAGAAAUCUGUGCCUUGGCAUGACACCACUGAUUUGAUCAUGAUUUGUCAUCUUCUCCUUAUUCUCUCCCUUUCCUACUUUCCACUCCAUGUAUAAACAAAAAUAAUUUUUGCUUACUGGUACAAAUGAUCCAUGAAUCCAAGGAAGGGAAUAUCCAUAAUUGCUUCCAUCUCAGCCUAAGUCCAUAUUUGUCUCUGAAAAGUUUCUCCUACUUUCUUGCUUGGUAUCCUCAUGAGCAACACCAACAUCUUUUAGUCCUCAAAAUGAGAAACUUGACAACUCCUCAGCUUCUCCCUUUCCCCACCCUUCACUUUGAUGGUUCUAUUGAUUCUUCUUCAUAAUGACUCUCUUAUCUCCAUUGUUUCUUCUCUGUCUUCACAGCUUCUGCUUUCAGGCAGAGUUACAUUCUCAUCAUGACCUGCUCAGAUUUUUGCAGUGAUCUCCUAACUGGUCAUUGUGCUUCCUGCCUCACAUUUUUCUAGGCCAGUCUUCCGUGUUGUCAGAAUUCUCUUCAUAGCAUUGAUCUGGCAUGUUUCUUACUUCUGUUGCAGUGCUUAUUAUGUAAUGUUGAAGACAUUUGUUUAUAAGCCUGUUGCCCCUGUUGUAAAACAAGUUUCUUGAGAGCAUAAAGAAUGUGUUUAUCCCUCCUGUGUAUCCCCAGAGCCAGACACAGCACCUGCCCUAUAAUAGGUUCAAUAAAGGCUUUUUGAGUUAA